AUGAAGAGCAAAGCCCUGCUCCUGGUGGCCUUGGGCGUGUGGCUCCAAAGUCUGACCACCUCCCGUGGAGGGGUGGCCGCUGUAGACCGAAGAGGAGACUUUAGAGACAUCGAAAGUAAGUUUGCCCUAAGGACACCAGAAAAUACAGCUGAAGAUACUUGUCACCUUAUUCCUGGAGUGACAGAAUCUGUGGGCAACUGUCACUUCAACCACAGCAGCAAAACCUUCGUGGUGAUCCAUGGCUGGACGGUGACAGGGAUGUAUGAGAGCUGGGUGCCCAAGCUCGUGGCAGCCCUGUACAAGAGGGAACCAGACUCCAACGUCAUCGUGGUGGACUGGCUGCUGCGGGCCCAGGAUCAUUACCCCACGUCCGCAGCACACACCAAGCUGGUGGGAAAUGAUGUGGCCAGGUUUAUCAACUGGAUGGAGGAGGAAUUCAACUAUCCUGUCAACAAUGUCCACCUUUUAGGAUAUAGCCUUGGUGCCCAUGCUGCUGGCAUUGCAGGACAUCUGACCAAUAGGAAGGUCAAUAGAAUUACCGGCCUGGAUCCAGCUGGCCCUAGCUUUGAGUAUGCAGAAGCUACAAGUCGACUUUCUCCAGAUGAUGCAGACUUUGUGGAUGUGCUGCACACCUUCACCCGAGGAUCACCUGACCGAAGCAUUGGAAUCCAGAAGCCAGUAGGCCAUGUUGACAUUUAUCCUAAUGGAGGCACUUUUCAACCAGGCUGUAACAUUGGGGAAGCUAUUAGAAUGAUUGCAGAGAAAGGCCUUGGAGAUGUGGACCAGCUCGUGAAGUGCUCCCAUGAGCGUUCCAUUCAUCUCUUCAUUGACUCCCUGUUGAAUGAAGAAAGCCCAAGCAAGGCCUACCGCUGCACGUCAAAGGAAACCUUUGAAAAGGGGCUCUGUCUGAGCUGCAGGAAGAAUCGCUGCAACAACCUGGGCUAUGCAAUCAACAAAGUCAGACCCAAGAGAAGCAGCAAAAUGUACCUGAAGACUCGUUCUCAGAUGCCCUUCAAAGUAUUCCACUACCAGGUAAAAAUACAUUUUUCUGGAUCUGAAAGUAACACAUACACCAACCAGCUCUUCGAAAUAUCUCUGUAUGGGACUGAGGCCGAGAGUGAGAACAUCGCCUUCACCCUGCCUGAAGUUGCCAGAAACAAGACGAGCUCCUUCCUCAUUUACACCGAGGUGGACGUUGGGGAACUGCUCAUGUUGAAGCUCAAAUGGAACAGCGAUUCCUACUUUGCCUGGUCUGAAUGGUGGAGCACUCCUGGCUUUGACAUUGAGAAUAUCAGAGUGAAAGCGGGAGAGACUCAGAAAAAGGUGACCUUCUGUUCCCGGGAAAAAGUGUCUCAUCUGCAGAAAGGAAAGACACCAGUGAUAUUUGUGAAAUGCCAUGACAAGUCCCUCAACAAAAUGUCUUCAAAGAAGAACAGCACAUGA